UCAGUGUUGUUCCUGCUCCUGCGGCUGCAAGAAAAUUUCUCAGCUUUGCUCCUGAGAGAGAGAGAGAGACAAAUAACAGAGAGGGAAAGACGAUGGCAGCGACGAUGAGAGGCCAGAGGAUGCCGGCGGCGCCGUUCCCGGCAGCGGAGAAGAAGAACAAGCUCCGGAAGCCGUACACGAUCACGCGGCCGCGGGAGAGGUGGACCGACGAGGAGCACGAGCGUUUCCUCCACGCCCUCUACCUGUUCGGCCGCGACUGGAAGAUGAUCGAGGCGUUCGUGUCAACAAAGACGAGCGUGCAGAUCCGCAGCCACGCCCAGAAGCACUUCCUCAAGGCCCAGAAGCUCGGCCUCGGGGAGUGUCUCCCGCCGCCGCUCCACCCUCGCCGCGCCGACCUCCUCCGCCACCAGCCGCCGCCGGUCCAUCCCGACGCCGACAUGCUCCUGCCGAGCAUGGACUGGCCAUGCGCGUCGCCUGAGCCUCGUGUCCCGGACAUUCAACACGACAUCGACAUGCUGGUGCCAAACAUGGACUGGGCGUACGCGUCUCCCGAACCUUGCGUCCCGGACCUCCAACACGACGCGCAGGCCGGAGUAUGGCCGGAUCACGAGAGCGCUCCCCAGGACGAAGAAACCAUCGAGCUCCCGUUGUCUCCCGACGACCUGCGCUUCGCACAGGUCUACCGAUUCGUCGGCGACGUCUUCGCCGCCUCCGACGCGGCUGUUCCGGUGGAGGCGCAUCUUCAGAGGCUGCAGCUGCACGGCGUGGAUCCCCUCGUCCUGGACACGGUAAGCACUUCAGCUGCAUGCUGAACCCGUGUUACCAUA